CUCUUCUCCACACGAACUCGCCCUCUCGACUCUCGAGAGAUAGAGCGAGGCACCAAGAAGGGAAAAAAAAAGAGGGACAGGAAAAAAAAUCAUUCUCGUUUCGCUCUCCGCUAGACCCCGCCCGAAUCAAUGGAGAUUAGGGCUCCGCCGACGAGCCUGAGGCUCGCGCCGCCGCCCGCCGCCGCCAGCUUCCGCCGAACCCCGCUUAGGACCUCCUUCCUUCGCGGCAGCGUGUCACUUAAAGUUGUGCAAGUACGGCAGUCAAAUGUCAACAGAUUUAAGUGCAAUAGCAUACGAAGUAACCUCUUUGAUAGGCUAACAAGGGUUGUCAGGUCCUACGCAAAUGCAGUUCUAAGUUCGUUUGAAGACCCUGAGAAGAUUCUAGACCAGGCAGUUCUGGAGAUGAAUGAUGACUUGACAAAGAUGCGGCAGGCCACUGCACAGGUCUUGGCAUCUCAAAAGCGGCUUGAGAAUAAAUAUAAAGCUGCAGAACAAGCUUCUGCUGAUUGGUAUCGGAGGGCUCAACUUGCUCUUCAAAAGGGUGACGAGGAUCUUGCUCGUGAAGCCCUUAAGCGGCGUAAAUCAUAUGCUGACAAUGCAAGCUCCUUAAGAUCCCAGCUUGAUCAGCAGAAGGGUGUAGUUGAAAAUCUGAUUUCAAAUACCCGGCUUCUUGAGAGCAAGAUAGCAGAGGCCAAGCAGAAAAAGGAUACCCUAAAAGCUCGUGCUCAAUCAGCAAAGACUGCUACAAAAGUGAGUGAAAUGUUGGGCAACGUGAAUACAAGUAGCGCCCUUUCUGCAUUUGAGAAAAUGGAGGAAAAAGUUAUGGCGAUGGAAUCCCAAGCAGAGGCACUCGGCCAGUUAGCAACUGAUGAUUUAGAAGGAAAGUUUGCACUGCUUGAGACUUCAUCUGUUGAUGAUGAUCUUUCACAACUGAAAAAGGAAUUGUCUGGAAGCUCUUUGAAAGGAGAGCUUCCUCCAGGCAGAACAGCAGUCAGCAACUCAGGUGCUGGGCGCCCUUUCCCCGACCUAGAGAUUGAGAGCGAGCUAAACGAGCUGCGGAGGAAAGCCAAGGAAUAUUAGGUUCAUUCCUUGUCGAUUCAGCAGGCCUGACGGAAUCUCAUUUCCAAGAAAAUAUAGUGCAGCUGCAGAUUGCUCCAUUGCGCGUUUCGAAAGUUGAAACACAAGUGCGCAUUGACUGUUUGUUAAAGAGUAUGGAAUCGGCUAAUUUCUCGGCAUUUUCCCCCUCGAGUGACAUUUGUACAGCUAUCCAUAAAAUUGUUGUAAAUCACUACUCUCUCUAGAGCCUUUUUUUCAUACUAUAUAUAAAGUCAAAGUUCGAAGUU